AGUUCGACCUCUCUCAAUCGACAAAACCAACAGAAAAUUUAAUUCUAGCUUGAAUUGCCAUGUCUAGCCUCACGACCAUCAGCAGUGGCAUGGGGGAGUCGCUGGAAGUGGAGGAACUCGUCGACACAAGCCUGUCCCUCUCCCUGACCGCUACCGCUGGACGCCGACCGCCACCGCCAGUGCAGGCGCUGCUUCCAGCAUCACCACCACCAGAAAAUGAAGCAGUGGCGGCGGGUAGGAGGAGGAAGGUACCAGACACUGGUACAGUUGGUUCCACGGCAACUACAAGGCAACACCGCAAGAGGGGUAGAAUGGUCCGUGGCGGCAGCGACGUCAACCAAAGGGACGCGCUUGGUGGCGGCACGAGGAAGAAGCUCCGGCUCACCGGCGAGCAGGCAGCGCUAAUGGAGAAAAGCUUCCGCGCGCACAACGUGCUGUCCCAUGAUGAGAAGCAUGAUCUAGCGCGGCGGCUCGGGCUGAAGCCGAGGCAGGUGGAGGUGUGGUUCCAGAACAGGAGGGCACGGACGAAGCUCAAACAGACGGAGGUCGACUGCGAGCUGCUGCGCCGCUGGUGCGAGCAUCUCAGUGAAGAAAACGAGCGGCUCCGGCGAGAACUCGCCAAGGCGCGCUCAUCCUCGUCGUCGGCCUUCUUGCCCGAGCUCACGGCCGCCACGACGGUCAACACAUCAUGCCAGUCCUGCAACAAACCCGCCGGCGGCUGGCCUGGGCUCGGCCUAAUAAAUCGAGAUUAACUAUACUGUCGUGGAAGUGCUUUGUCAUUUGUUAAGAACAGCAAAAUCUUUAGUCAAAUACUGUAUAGGACACACGGGAUACAUGAUUAUAUAGUCAGUUAGGGACUUACCUUUAGAUGGAUGUGUGAAGAUCGAUAUGAAUGUUUUGGUGGAUGAACAUCACUAUUCAGAAAUGUUCUCAUCAGAAAAUUUCAUUUGAUAGCCAGCACAACACCUGACAAAAAUCGAAAGGUCUCGACCUACCCUAUUGGCCGCCCUUGUGGUCGGAGGGGUGGGGACCCCACUGGAGGUCCUCAAAUUUAAGGAUUUGUCAAUAGGCCGCGGCGGUGUGGUAGUGAUGGCCGGUGGUGAUGUGCGGACCAAGAAUUAGGUGUCCACGGUGUUGAGGGGGCAUCCAAUCGUUUGGUCAGUACUCUUUUGUAGUGGUGUAAGUAGUCACGUCUUCGUGUUUUGCAUGUAGUCUACGUGUCUUUGUUUGUUGGUUUCUUGUCUGACCGGUGAGGUUUCGGCCUCAUCACGGUGUUAGUGAGAUUAUGUCUCAUUGGAUCA